AUGGCCUCAGCAACCGGAAUCCCCCAAGAGCACCCAGUGACGAUCGAGUCGCGAGACGAUGAACCCUUAUUGGGUCGUCCGGGAGAUGUCACACAGCAGCCAAACGAAAGUAUCGCUCGGAACUUAUUCACAGGGACAGCAAGUGUUGCUCAAGCAGGCAUCUGGAUUCUAGCAGCUUUGGUCUGGCAAGGAGUCCUCUCUGAGCCUGCUUCUUUCUUCACCCCGCAUCCACUCCUGGGCAGCUCUGCGCUUCUCCUCCAAGUCCAGGCAGCUUUGAUCUUACAACCAACCACCACCCCACAACAGAAGCUUGCAGGCACCCGCAUUCACUAUACCAUCCAACUACUCAGCGUAGUACUCUUUAUUUCAGCAUUCGUCAUCAUUGAGGUCAACAAGGGGUCUCACCCUCACUUUGUUUCCCCGCACGGCAUCCUAGGCCUUACCACGUACAUUUCGAUAGUACUGCAAGCUCUUGGUGGACUUGCUCAGUACCUCUUCCCCACUAUCUUCUUUGGAAGUGUCGAAGCUGGAAAACGCGUCUACAAAUAUCAUCGCUGGGCCGGCUAUGUUUUGCUACUGCUGGAGAUGGCGACUGUCGUGGCCGCGACGCAGACAACCUACAACAUAGCAGCGCUGCAUAUUCCACUAUGGGGUGUACUUGUGUGCGCGGUCUUGAUUCUUCUUGGAGUGGGUGCAAGAGUCAAGAAGCACAAACUGGGGCUGUGA